UUCAUCGAUCGUCUAUUCGAAGCAGCCAACAGGAGACGAAGUUUUAGAGAGGAGAAAUGAGGUUGUUCGAUCCAUGGCCAGUGUUCUUCAAGAGGGAAUGGAAACGUUGCUGGCCGUUCCUCACCGGAUUCGCCGUAACCGGCGUCCUCAUCACCAAGCUCACCGCUGGAUUCACUGAGGAAGACGCCAAGAACUCCAAGUUCGUCCAACAACACAGGCGGUAA